AGCUGUCCAGCCAUCAACAUUUCCCCACCAAACAAACCGUGUCCCUUAGCACAACAUCUACACAACGUCUGUCUUACUGCUCCUGCAGCCAAAGGGCUCAGGUGCACGGGUUCCCUCCCGCUUUUCUAAGUGGCACGAAGGAAUUUGAACAUAGGUUUCAAGAUUCAAAACGAAACCAGCAGCUUUGGUCUGUUUCUGGCUCCGUUUUCAUGUCACCUUUGCAGCUCCGUUACCCGCAGGGUUUCACGUGGAUUGCGUGGGGUUGCCAUCAGAUCUUCAACUCAACUCAAACAUCUGAUCGUGUCUCGGACCUCUCUUACCAGAGAGAAAUGCCCCUCCCUUCACAAUCACCCCUUAUUCACAUCAUCGCUUUUUCACACACACACACACACACAGCCCAAAGCUGUAUACACUGCGCUGUGAACAACCGUUUUCAAGGAUGAAGCACGAGGAGGGUCAAAUUCCAUGAAGCUCUGACAAACACCCUGAGAACGAACACCCUGACAUCUCCCUUCACCGCCAUCGAAGCAGGCCCGUGCAUUAGUUUCACCAAAACAAGGCCAGCUAUCCCACUGGUUUUGUCGCGGAUUUGAUUAGGCUGGAAAAGACCUCAAGGAUCGUCAGCCCUCUGCUGGGGGGGUGGGGGGGGAGGUGCAGAGAAAAGAGCAGAAGCGUCUCCUCCUCACUGCUGCAGAACCGGACCAGGGCGAAGAGCUGCUGUGGUUUAACCCAGCAGGCAGCCCAGCACUGCACAGCUGUUCUCUCACAGCGGAACGGGGCAGAAAAGCCAGAGGAAGGCAAAACUCACGUGUUGAGAUCAAGACAGUUUAAUAGGACAGAAAAGGCAGGGAAAACAAUAAAGGAAACGGGAAAAGGACUCAUCUCUGGGUCUGUCAGCAGCCACUUCUGGCUUGUUAUUCCCUCCUUUCUGCAAGUGCAGAAGUGCUGCGGAUCCGUGCUGAGGUCACAAUCGUUGCUGGGGUGGGAGGGUUUGGCCCUCAGCUGGGGAGCAGAGCUGGUGCUCUGGUGAGCGUGCUGCACGCAGAGACUGAGCUCUGAGCGUUCCUUGCAAGGGAUCAUCCUUUGAGAGCCCGUCAGAAGCACCGCUGUGGCGUGUGUGUGACCUGGGCACAGCCUGGAGUGAGCGGGCCAAAGAGGUGAGCUGGGCUUGGUGCUGGGUGGUUGCUGGAAGGAGUCUCAGCAGGAAAGCUAGGUUGGGGAGGAGUUCCCAGCUCAAACGAGGCCCUUCCAAAUGGCUGUUUCCAGGGGAAACUGAUUCUUUGUGAGAUUCUGUCGCACGUUUCGGUGAGGAUGGCGAACUGUCGUCACUCCCCUGUGCAAUGGUACAGUGCAACGGAAAGCACAGGGAUAAGAGUGGGGUGGCAAAGUCCUAGGCUGCAGCAAGUGAGGAUAAGCCCAAGUGCAGCAGCUGUGGACGCAGAAAGAAAGGAAGAAAGCUGCCGACCCUUGGAAGGCCUCGGGCAGGCAGGGAUCUCCAGUCAGACACCCUCGCCUCCACUGCCACCCCUUCCAUGAGGUCUGGGAAGAGUUUGCAUGCACCUGAGCUCCCCUGCGUUGGCCCUGCCUUCCCACCAGGUGCUCAAUCACCGCUUCAAGCUGUGACCGAGCAUUGCCACUACACCCCUGUAAAAUUGCUGCUGGGCCCCAGCCUUCAUUUCAGACAUGCCAAAGGAAGAAGAGCGCAGACUUCACGGAGUGCCACUUGUGCUUUACUGACCCACGGAUCGCUGGCUGUGCCGUAUCCAGCAUAUCAGAGAAUCCUAUCAUAGAAUCGUAGGAUAGCUUGGGUUGGAAGGGACCCCAAGGAUCAUCAGGCUCCGAUCUCCCUGCCGCAGGCAGGGCCGCCAACCUCCACAUCUGAUGCUAGACCAGGCUGCCCAUGUGUUACACAAAACCCCGCUGAAGUCAUGGUGGAGAGCCAGGUGCUCAGCUGGGGGCAUGGACUACCUGGUGACAUCACAAGCACGGUGACCUCACAAGCACUGUGUUUGGGGCCAGCAGUGAGCGCCACAGCCGUGAGCGCUGCUCAGGAGCGUGGACACGCUGCGUCAGCCCUCGUCCCGGCUGGCAGUGAGAGUGGUGGUGGCUGACGGGUGCUGCCCGCUCUCGCCGACGGUGUUGCUCAGCCAUCGGGCUGGUGUGUUAGCUGGAAGGGAGAAGGCCUGCAGCUGGGCCUGGGUAAGCCACAGCUGUAGGUUUGUCAAACGUGUGAGUCGUACCAGUGCAUCCCUUGCAGCUGCAGCAAGAGUAGGUGAUGAAGGGGGUCUUUUUCAUGACAGGAACACAAACUGUGUGCUUCGAGGUAUAUAACUGUUGAUGAGACGGAGGACAGUACUUGCUGGGAGAAGCCGUGGCGGUUACACACAAGUUGGAUGUAGAGCUGGCACAGUUCUUGCAACCAGCUCCUUGCGAGAUGCUGCCCUCCUCGAGAGUCUAAAUUGCAUAAAAAGAAAGCUGGGAACAUGCUUGUUCCUCAUUCUUCUUCCCUCGUUGAUACUCUCUGUAGGGCUCCUGUCCGAGAGGACACUUUGCGGAUCCAAGCAGUCCAAGAGUGCAGCCGUCUCUUUCCAAGAGCGGGGAAUUCCUUUGGAGAGAAGCCCAACUUGCUCUAAGAAUUUCCCCAUGAGUCGGCAAGGAGACGACUGCUACUUCUACUUCUACUCAACCUGCACUAAGGGAGACAGCUGUCCCUUCCGCCACUGUGCAGCGGCUCUGGGAGGUGAACGAGUCUGCCGACUGUGGAUGGCGGGUUGCUGUUUCAGCAGCAACUGCAAGUUCAGGCACAUGAGAAUUGAUAAGAGGCGCAGUGAGAUUCCGUGCUAUUGGGAGAAUCAACCAGGAGGCUGCCAGAAAGCCCACUGCGCUUUUCUUCACCUGAAGGAACGCGGUGGGAACGGACUGGCCGUACCACCAAGCCAAAAAGCUGACGCGAGUGGCCUUCCUCCAAAGAGCGGCCUUGCAGAAAGUCUGGGGAACCAGACAGAGCUUGAGAAAGCACCAAGGAGAGGUGGACGCAAGGUGGCCGUGAGGCGUAUUGAUUGGAAAACCACCUUCCCCCCAAUGCAGAGACGCAAAAGAAAAGCAGCAAGGAUGCAUCCAUCUGCUGCUGAGGGCACGGAUGAGCCCCCAGAGAGGAAACUACCCAUGGGCCAUCUCUUCAGUCCGUCCUGAACGACAGCUUACACCUGAAUGAGAAGGCAGCUUUUCAGAUUGCGGUCCGGCUGGCACAAAGAGAAGCAACGCUUUCCAAGAGACUGCCACAGAGAAGGGACCCAAGGUAAGGAGAACGAAAGAAAGCAAGCCCGCACUUGAAAACAAGUCAGAGGCAGUGGGACACAGUGCUUACGUACUCCUCCACACAGCUACAACAACCACAGAAUCAGGCAAUAUCCGGAGCUGGAAGGGACCCACAGGGAUUAUUGAGUCCAAGCCCCGGCUCCACAAGGGACCGCCCAAACACAACGGCCCGGUCCGUCCGCUUCCCUCACCUAGCAGGGCUGGGCCUGACACAUCUCAGGGUACAGUUGGCCCUUCUGCUGGCUCAGAUUCCAGUUGCCACCACCAACCAGAACACCCAGAUCCCUUUUUGCAGGGCCCCUCUCCAGCCCCUCACCCCGUCCACGCAGCCAGGGCCGCCCCAUCCCAGCUGCAGAACUCAGCACUCACUCUUCUUCAUGCAGGUGGCGACCACCCUCAAAUUUGGCCAGAUCUCACUGCAAGGCCUCUCUACCCUCAGGGGACCCAACACUCCUCCCAGCUUAGCAUCAUCCACAAAUUCACUUCACACAACUUCAUUAGAUCUUUAUUAGAAUCUACAGUGAAACCAUUAAAGAGAACCAGACCUAAAUGGAGCCCCGCAGAAUCCCCUCUGCUGACAAGUAGGGCAACUCUCAGGCCAUAGCCUUCCCUCACCCAACACGGCCACGUUUUGGUCAUCGCAGCACAUUUUUAGGGUUACAUCACCAUGGCCUUACAACGUCACGAGCCAUCUCCGUGCUGACUGCUACAAACACAGGGACCCUGACAAGAGAACACCGGGUGGGAGGGAAGGGUCCAGGUAAGGAGCUCCUCACACGCGUGCUUUCCAGAUGCAAGUUCUUUCCUGGGACCGUUCUCUGCAGCUGACAUCCCAACUUCCUCCCAUGGCCUGGCUGCGCGAAAACGCAAGCCAUCACAGAAGGAGGGAAAAGCAAAGGAAUAGCCCUGCAAGAAAAGAAUUAAAGGGUGAGCACAAGGAGCUUGUUACGGUGUCUCAGAAAAGUAAUGCUGCCACUUAGGAUUGUUCUGGGUCAGAUUUCUCCUUGCCCUCGAUUGUUAGUAUCGCCAUCCAAUUUAGCUGGAUCUCCAUAGAUUAUCAAGGUUUCCGCCCCUGUAUCAACUAGGGCCGUAUCUAUCUCCGAAUAUACUUUCAGGACCAGAAAAUCAUCAAUUCCACAUGGGGCCACCAGUCCCUUCCGGAGGCCCUAGGGGGACUAACAUCCCUUGUCACGCCAUGAACUGCGCUACGGUUAAAUCUUUUGUUUCUGGUGCCUCGGGCAUUGAGGCGCGAGACACCUGAGGGGGCUUCUCCUUUCUAUUAGGGACUACGAAAUCCCCUAGGUUCCACGUUGGUGGUGGUACUCUGUCAGUAACUCUCACCCUCGUUUUUUUCUGGGGGCAAUUCUGAAAUUUCUGAUUAUCCUUCAGCUGUCUCCACAGGACGCGAUUGGGCUGGCAAUCAAUUUCUGCCGAUUGCACCCCAGCCUGGAUCAGAUCAUUAAACAUCUGCUUUCGCGAGACCCUUAGGGGCCCCAGCUGAGGAUCCCGUAUAACUGGCUUCUUAGUUUGAAUUACUGGAAGGAGCUCUGCUUCCUCUACUGCUCGAAUAUUGCGCCUGCUCCGCUGGUGCUCUGUCUCCCUCAGGUUGGCCACUAAUUGGGCAGCCUGCUGGACCACAGGCACUGAGGCCACCAGGGGGUUGCAUACAGAAACUAGGGUCCCGUAUAGAUGGCAAGGGCAAGUCUCUCAUACCUGCCAAAAAUCUCACCCUAGCUGGACUUUCAAAUGAGCCCUCCUUUGGAAGCAAAGUCCUCGCUUCUCUUACGCCCAGUUCACAAACGUGAUUUUGAAGGUCCUCCACGGAGGACCGCAAUCCUGUAUUUAAUGGUAUAGCUGAUUUGUUUGGCCAUACCCCAAACGGCAUGCUGCCAUUAGCCAGUCAAUUACAGAACGAUUCUCCUUAGUAUAUUGGAUGCCUGCAUACAAUCUUUGCCUAAGGGCAGGUGGUGGCCAAUUGAGAUAUCUCUGGCCCAUCGACCAUGAGGCUUUCUGCCCCUGAAUCCCAUAGUCUGAGUAACCAGGUUGGUACGCUUUCCUUCGGCUUCUGCCAGAACCCUUGUACCAUGUCCAUUAAUUCUGUGGGUGUGUACGGCCUGGCUGUUACACGUAAAUGUGUUUGGACAGGGGGCCACUGAUCAGGGGGCACCCCUGCCGGUCUAUCUUGUAUCUUCUUUGGUUUUGGGGUUAUAACAGGACAGAGUUCUAGGGAAUCUGUCACAAGUGGAACCUCCAAACCUGAUUUAGAAUUUUUAUUUCCCUGCUCAACCAGGAGCGCUGUUUCAGAAGUGCGGUCAUCACCUACUGACAUAUUACAGACCUGGCCUACUGGGAGAUGCAGAGUUAGUGUAUUAACGGGGAAAAAAGCCAAGUACCUAUUCUAAUUUCUCAAUACGGUUUUUCAAUAGCUAGCUUUCGCUUUCUAAAGCAUCGGCACUCAUUUCAGCUUGGUAUAGGGCAUUCAGCAGUGGCCACGCCACCGUAGAAGCAGCUAACUGCCGCUCUUUUGUAACUAGUAUGUCUUUAUCUAGACCUUGACAAUAUUCCGCCGUGCGGAAUGGGGAGAUAUCCCCCAUACCGCGCAGGGGACCCCAUUUUUCAAUGAAAGUUGCUAAUUGGUAAUAGGGAGAUCCCAGAAAGCCUGGGAUCUGCCCUGCAAGCAUUUUAUCUAGGGGGCAGGGAGGGGGUCACGUUCUCCCCGUGACCCAUCCCUAAAGAUUCCGUAGAAAAGAUAUUACGUUUUCAGUAUUUAUUGGGCCUGCAGGCUUGCCAAGUGUAAGGUCAAAAAGAAUGCAGAUGUUGUAAAGUCACGGGGAAAAGUAACCCAGUCAGUAAACGGGUUACUGCAGAGGCUGACUUCUUGACGUACUUACAGUCAAAGUAAUGACUGUGGAGGCAAUGCGUCUCUGCUACAGAACUGGCCCCCCGUUUUCUAGACUCAAACUGCUCCAUCUGUACAGAUAAAUUCCCACGAUGCAAAACGGACCUGCUGCUAUCUCGCACGCUAAAGGCAGCCCUGGGGUUAACUGAAUCGCCGUCCCCAUGCGAGUGUGAGGUGCAGGAGGGCUUACCUACUCAUCUCACAGCUGGUUUGCUGAAAGCACAUCUCCAGCUAGAAACGUCACACACUAAUUGUUCUCUUCCUUGUUUUCCCCAAGUCUGGAACUGCUUCCUGGAAGCACAGCCGGAGGUCUCAAGCCCACCAUUCCAGUGCUCACAAGCAGCAGAUGAGACGCAGCAGCUGAGCCGCACAGAGGCGGGGAAAGCACUCGCCUCUGAAGAGGAAGACCUGGAGAA